CAAGCUUUCGACCAAAAGAGAUUGAGCGAUUCGCAGACUCGAGGACGCGACUGAGAGAGAGAGAGAGAGAAUGGCGUCCAUCCGUACAGCCACCGUCCGUCUUGAUGCCGCCGCCGCAGCUCUCAACGAUCUCUCUCUUCGACCUCAAGGUAAGAAGAUGCUUGUACCACUGACUGCUUCUCUAUACGUUCCUGGGACACUUGAUGAAGCUGAUAAGGUUUUGGUUGAUAUUGGCACUGGUUACUUCGUCGAGAAAACAAUGGAUGAUGGAAAAGAUUAUUGUUAGAGGAAGAUUCACUUGCUCAAAUCCAACUUUAACCAACUUUUGAGGUAAUCUAACUCGUUUAGCAAUUUUCAAAUGCCUGAUUUGUUUUUUUAGAUAGAUUCUGAGAUGGGAGAAUAAAGAAUUAAGCCUACA